AAAGAUCAGCCACCCGUGUUUGCGUUCACUUCAUCUCCUCCGCUCCUCGUCCUUCCUCCCAUUCUUGCCUACCUCUCUCUCUCUCUCUCAUGGUCGUUUUUUCCUCGCGGGGACGAGUCGGCGAGCAGGGUCGCCCUUCGCCAGGUCUUCACCGGGCGCUUGGCCAGCGAUUUGCACCCGCCAGAAUUGCAGGGAGAUUGUCCUCUGAUUGAAAGACAUGUUUGGGCGUGCUCCAAGGAGGAGCAACAACACCAAGUACUAUGAGGUCCUUGGUGUCUCCAAUACUGCAAGCCAGGAUGAGCUUAAAAAGGCAUACCGGAAGGCUGCUAUAAAGAGCCACCCUGACAAGGGUGGAGACCCAGAAAAGUUUAAAGAAUUAUCUCAAGCUUAUGAGGUGCUUAGUGACCCAGAAAAGAGGGAGAUAUACGAUCAAUAUGGGGAGGAUGGUCUCAAGGAGGGAAUGGGAGGAGGCAGUGAUUACCAUAAUCCGUUUGACAUAUUUGAGCAGUUUUUUGGGGGUGGUGCCUUUGGGGGGAGUAGCUCAAGGGUACGCAGGCAAAAACGUGGUGACGAUGUGGUGCAUUCAUUGAAGGUUUCUUUAGAAGAUGUGUACAAUGGGGCUACCAAGAGACUAUCGUUAUCACGGAAUGUUCUCUGCUCAAAAUGCAAGGGGAAAGGAACCAUGUCUGGAGCACCUGGAACAUGCUAUGGAUGUCAUGGUGUAGGAAUGAGGACUAUAACAAGACAGAUAGGAUUAGGCAUGAUCCAACAGAUGAACACUGUUUGCCCUGAAUGUAGAGGGACAGGUGAAAUCAUAAGUGAAAGGGAUAGGUGCCCAAGCUGCAGAGCCAGCAAAGUUGUUCAGGAGAGGAAGGUUCUUGAGGUUCAUAUUGAGAAAGGAAUGCAGCAUGGCCAAAAGAUUGUGUUCCAGGGUGAAGCUGAUCAAGCUCCUGACACAGUGACAGGAGACAUUGUUUUCGUCUUGCAAGUUAAAGAGCACCCAAGAUUCAAGAGGAAAUAUGAUGACCUGUUCAUCGAGCACACAAUCUCUCUCACAGAGGCUUUAUGUGGAUUCCAGUUCAUUCUGACCCAUCUUGAUGGUAGGCAGCUUCUAAUCAAGUCCAAUCCUGGUGAAAUUAUUCAGCCUGGUCAACACAAGGCCAUAAAUGAUGAGGGUAUGCCCCAGCAUGGUAGGUCCUUCAUGAAGGGCCGUCUCUUUGUGGAAUUCAAUGUCGAGUUCCCAGAAUCUGGUGCCCUCUCACCUGACCAAUGCCGGGCACUUGAGAAGGUCUUGCCACAGAGGCCCAGGGCCCAAUUGUCAGACAUGGAGGUGGAUCAGUGCGAGGAGACCAUCAUGCAUGAUGUCAACAUGGAAGAGGAGAUGAGGCGCAGGAAGCACCAAAGGCGGCAGGAAGCAUACAACGAAGAUGAGGAGGAUGCUGGUCCGUCGAGGGUACAGUGUGCCCAGCAGUAAGACGUGAGACCGCGUUUCACGCAUGCUUUAUCAUAAGUGAUAAUAACCCAACACCGAUUUGUGGAGUUUGUGCAUGAAAAAUUUAUAUGGUAUAUGUGUGACACUUAUUGUCAGUCAUUAGGGAUAUACAAGCAGUUGCCAGCUAGGCAUUUGUAUUGGUCAAAGUAUGUAAACAUAAUGUGGUGAUAAUGACGGCUUGGUUAGGACUUGGGGAUAUGGUUUGUUAAACUUACCGUUGGUGCUAUCUUUGCUUCAACAGAAUGCUGGUGGCCUGCUGCUGGGAACCUGUGACUUGGCAUGUCAGCAUUUGAGAUGUGAACCUGAAACUGUCAUGUCAGCGUUUGAGAUGUGAGAAUCUGAAACUGGACUAUGUAAAUGCGGUGAAACAUUCAAUAAAGUUCUUGAGCAGCAGGCUUUUAUGCAGUAA